GUUAGAGCCACCCUCUCCUCUCCCCUUUCUUCUCGUGCUUUCGCGAUGGCAACCACCGACACGACGACGACGGAGGCGCCGGCGACGGUGGGCGGCUACGAGCUAUUGGAGCGGCUGGGCGGGCGUCCUCCGUCCACGGUCGUGUGGCGCGCGGUCUCACGGUCCACCGGUGCGCCCGUGGCCGUGAAGCAGGUGCGCCUCGCCGGCCUCCCAGCCCGCCUCCGCGACAGCCUCGACUGCGAGGUCCGCUUCCUCGCCGCCGUCAGCCACCCCAACAUCAUCCGCCUCAUCGAUGUCAUCCAGACACAGAGCUGCCUGUACCUCGUCCUGGAGCUGUGCGAGGGAGGGGACCUGGCGGCCUUCAUCCGGCGCAACGGGAGGGUAGCCGAGCGCGUGGCCAGAAAUUUCAUGAAACAAAUUGGAGCUGGCUUACAAGUGCUGCGCCGGCACCAGGUCGUCCACCGGGACUUGAAACCUCAGAAUAUCCUACUGUCUUCACCAAGCAGCGAUGCAAUCCUUAAGAUAUCUGAUUUUGGCCUUGCAAGGGUUCUUCGUCCUGGGGAGUAUGCAGACACAGCUUGCGGCUCUUGUUUGUACAUGGCCCCAGAAGUGAUGCUGUUUCAAAAGUACGAUGACAAGGUAGACAUGUGGAGUAUCGGCGCGAUCCUGUUUGAGCUCUUGAAUGGCUAUCCACCAUUCCACGGCAGAAGUAAUGUGCAGCUACUUCAAUGCAUAAACAGAAGCACAUCUCUUCCGUUCUCCAAACCUUUGCUCUCCAGCUUGCAUCCUGAUUCUGUUGAAAUGUGCACGAGACUACUAUGCGCAAAUCCAGUGAAUAGGCUGUCCUUCCAAGAAUUCUUCGACCACAGCUUCUUCAGAGUAUGAAUGCCAGCCACGCUGAGAAAUACACAUGAGUUCUGGCAACAAUACCAUGUGAUGCUGUAAAGCUGUAUUGUUUGUUCUUCUGAUGUACUACUUGACGUGGGUGUUGAUCUGACUGUAAAGCUUCAGAGAGCUUGUUUCCUCGGGAUUAUGUAUUCAGAAUGUGAGUGGAUACAUGUGCAUUGUGGUCAUCUGUA